AUGGAGAAUCAAGGGCAAGACAAUUACACUGCACCAGCUGAGAUCUCAAUGCCCCUGGAGAUGGAGAGUCAAGGGCAAGGAUUUUGUGUUUGGGACGGCAACAUCUGCUUAUCAGGUAAGGUGAAAGAUGGUAGUAAUGGGUAUGUGGCGGCUGAUUCUUAUCAUCUAUUCAAGGAAGACGCGAAAAUCAUGAAGAAAAUUGGACUAAAAGCGUACAGAUUUUCAAUUUCGUGGUCUAGAAUGUUGCCAAAUGGAAAACUAAGCGGAGGUGUGAAUAAGGAAGGAAUCAAGUACUAUAACAACCUCAUAGACGAGCUUCUCGCCAAUGGUAUAGAGCCCUUUGUAACCCUUUUCCACUGUGAUCUUCCUCAAUCUUUACAAGAUGAGUAUGGUGGUUUCAUAAGUGCCGAAAUUGUGGUUGAUUUCUGCAAUUACGCGGAGCUUUGUUUUUGGGAAUUUGGUGAUCGAGUCAAGCACUGGAUAACGUUAAAUGAGCCAGUGAUUUACAGCAUGUUCGGUUAUGCUUUGGGUACCUUCCCACCAGGUCGAGGCCAUUCUUCGCCAGAAAAUAAAGAUUCUUCCCAGGAUGGGGAUGCAGGGAAAGAACCAUAUUUGGUUUCACACAACCUACUCCUUGUCCAUGCUGCUGCUAAAAGUCAAAAGGGUAAGAUUGGAAUUACACUUGCGUCAGAGUGGAUGGAGCCUCUAGAUGAUCAGGAUAAUGACGAUGUUGAAGCUGCAGAGCGUGCCCUUGAUUUUUUGUUUGGAUGGUCAAUAUCCGGAAACUAUGAAAGAAAAUGUGGGUUCUCGUCUCCAAAAUUCACAAAGGAGCAAUCCAAGAAGUUGAAGAAGGGAUCAUAUGAUUUUUUAGGACUAAAUUACUACACUGCUUCGUACGUAACCAGUGCAACUGAUCCAAAAGAUGGGCGUUUAAGUUAUGUCACAGAUUCACAUGUUAGAUAUACAUGUGAGAGAGAUGGGGUACCCAUCGGUCCACAGGGUGGUUCUGGUUGGCUUUAUGCUUGUCCAAAAGGGAUUUAUAAGAUUUUGGUUCAUAUAAAGGAAAAUUAUGAUGAUCCACUUAUUUACGUUACAGAGAAUGGUUUUGAUGAAGCAACUAAUCCCAACUUAACACUUUCAGAAGCCCGUGUGGAUAAGAUGAGGAUCGAAUACCUCCAAGACCAUCUUCAUUACAUAAAAAAUGCAAUUGAUAUGUAUGUUUUUUUGUCUAAGUCAUAUAGUGUCG